CAGUUCAAUAACUAUCAGUCCUAAGCCCACCCCACCCCUCAUUCCUGUAUCCGCACAUCGAUCGGAACUUUGCGGAGAGCAGCGAGCGAGCAGUAUCCAAGACCAAGCGAGGAGCAUCGAUUGGCUCCUCCACCUCCCAGGACAUCAACGAGCAGCACAAAAGGGAAGACCUUGGAGUUGUAAUUAAUUUCAAAAAUACCUGGUUGUAUGGUGAGCACCUUACUACGAUACAAUUUUCCAUUUUUUGUUGUGAUUGGAGCUGAUUUUUUUUCUGUGUAGAAACUUUACAAAAUCUUCAUUUCGGUUUCUUCCGUCUCUUGUUUCUUAGCCGUAUAGCAAGGUUUAAAAGGUCUUGUUGUAGUGGAUUCUCAGCGUGAAGAAGCUUUCACAGAUGGGUGAGGCUCAUGCCAAUGGGGAUAAAAAGAGAGUUGUUUUUGUGACUGUUGGGACUACUUGUUUUGACGCUCUAGUUAAAGCGGUAGACAGUCCUCAAGCUAGGAACGAAUUGUUCAAGAAAGGCUUUACGGAUAUUAUCAUUCAAAUCGGUCGUGGAAACUAUGUUCCCUCAAAGCGGGCUAUGGAAAAUGGAUCCCCGACUCUGGAAUAUUUUACCUUCUCAUCAAGCAUAGCUGAAUAUCUGAAAUCAGCUUCUCUUGUUAUUAGUCAUGCAGGCUCAGGAAGCAUAUUUGAGACAUUGCGUCUUGGCAAACCAUUGAUCGUGGUCGUCAAUGAGGAUUUAAUGGACAAUCAUCAGAGUGAGUUAGCAGAAGAACUUGCAGAAAGGAAGCAUUUGUUUUGUGCACGACCUCACACACUAUAUCAAACCAUUGCUGAUAUGUCCAUAGAGACUCUUGUUCCAUAUCAACCGGGUGAUGCUAAGCCUGUAGCUGAACUCAUUAGUAGGCAUCUUGGUUUCCCUAAAUAAUGAUCUGUCUUAUUUCAGAGAGGUAAAAAAAAUCAAAUUAAGAGUUUUACGGGAGAACACUAAAGAAAAAGGCCUUGUAAUAGUUUUGAAUGUUGCAAAAGAUUAUUGUAUUGCUUUGGGGAUAUCGCUAACAAUCAUAGAGCCCGUUUGGAGAACUCUGUUUUCGGCUUAUCAGGCUUAUCAGCCAGCUUUUUCACCAAACACGUAACUUUUACGUUCGCGCGCUGAAUUGUGUAAUAAGCCGAAAAAGUAAGGUUGGAGUUACUUUUCUGGCUGUAUUGGCUGAAGUUACUGUAGAGGAUCAUUUUAGCUAUUUUUACAUAUAAUUUUUUCUUUAAUUUAUUAAUAAAAUAUAUUUUUAAAAUAUUUUUUUCUUAAAUCAGCAGAAUCAGCCAAAACAGCCACUCCAGCCAGAAUAUCAUAAAUUUCAGCAGAAUCAGCCAAAACAGCCUAUUUUGGUGCUACCAAACGGGCUCAUAAUAUUAGUCACUCCCGUCAUUUUGCACGGACUUUCAGAGUCAAUAGCUAUGACCUUGCUUCUAA